AUGGUUUUGUCAGAUACAACAACCAUCAAAACUCCCUCUGGGCCAUGUGUUGUCUUGAAGGACGACAACAUUAUCCUUGCUCGCGGGAUUCCAUAUGCACAAGCAUCUCGCUUUCAGCAGGCCACGCCGUUGCCGGCCUGGACAGAGCCGAGGGACUGCAGAGAACCUGCGACGACAAGCCCUCAGCUCCCGUCGCGUCUCGAGUCCGUUCUAGGACCAAUCUCUGCGAACAGGCGCAUAGGCGAAGAUUGCCUGAACCUCAGCGUUGUCGCUCCGGCAAAUGCCGGUCAUGCUCCCGUGAUGGUCUGGCUGCACGGAGGCGCUUUUAUCAGUGGCAGCGGGGAUCUCGACUGUUACGCGCCCGUCGACCUCGCCCGGGACCACGGGAUUGUCUGUGUCAAUGUAUCCUACCGCCUCGGUGUAUUCGGGUACCUCAUGAUCCCAGGCAUCGCACCAGCCAACCUGGGCCUCCUCGAUCAGCGAGCGGCCUUGCAAUGGAUCCAAGCCAACAUCGCGAGCUUCGGCGGAGAUCCAGGCAGGGUCACUGCCGUGGGGCAAUCUGCCGGGGCGGACUCUAUCGUAUGCUUGCUCGCCUCGGACGACACUGAAGGACUCAUCCAUCAAGCCAUCCUGAUGAGUCCUCCGCUGAAGGAGAUCCGCGAUCGGAUUCCGACCAUUGACUUGCUCGCGCACCAGGCAGCCGGCCUGUUGACCGCUGAUCCACGUGAGAUGUCCACGAGCGAGCUCUUGGAUCUGCAAAGGGCAAUCCUCAUGAACCCCGUCAGGCCCCAAAUCAUGCCUUUUGGGCCUGCACUCGGCCACCACCCGUUGCCAGGGGAAUCAGAACUGCAUUCUCGGCUCAUCGGCCGGCUCAAGAACGUGCCGAUCAUGAUUGGAUGGACUGAACACGACGGGCGACCGUUUGCGCGCUGGAUGGGCCCGUUCAGAUCCUUGUACAAUUUGCCUGUUGUCGGUCGCUUCCUGGAGUCACUCGGGACAUGGUGGGUGACCAGGAGCUUCUUUGCUUGGCCGUCGGACGCGUUUCGGAAACAGGUCGAAGAGGAUGCCGGUGGCAGCGCAACAAGCUACCAGUUCAAAUGGUACCCGGAGGGGAAUGGCCUGCAGGCGAACCACUGCAUAGAUAUUCCCUUCGUCCUGGGUCAGCCGGGUGCAUGGCGCGGUGCACCCAUGCUAAUGGGGCCUACCAAAUCGGACGAUGAAUUUGGGAAAUUGGGCCGCCACAUGCGUCUUUUGUAUGGCGGAUUCAUCCAGGGGCGCCGCUUGAAACCAGGUCAUCUCGUCGUUACCAAAGACUUUGAAUGUUCGGGUAGUCUCUGGCAAUGA